GUUUACUGGGAAAAGAUCGCGUUUUUCGACUGGCGGCCGAGAUGCACCUUCUCGGCAUGCUCCUUGCUGCGUGCAUGGCCGUCCAUGGCUCGAAGAUGGCCCCACCAACAAUGCCACUUCAGUUCGAUGCGAACAUCGAGAUCACAUCCCACCUCGUCGAUCGCUCCAAGGACUACCCUCCGUGGCUGCGCCGCCUCAAGGUUCGCUACGACUUUGAUCAAAAAGUAGCGCGUGCGGAUAUUCUCGCCGGCUACGACAAGGGCAAGACGUACAUUCGGCGCUACGAUACCAAGAAGGAGUACAUCGUCAAGUACGGCGAGUACAAGAAGUGCGAGCGCGCGUACUUGGGCGAAGACAUGCCACUGCCGCGUGUUCCGUCCGACCUCAUACUUCAGGGCACGAGUACGAUCGACGGCGUCGACUGCCGCCUUUGGGUCUCGGAGGAUAGCGACGCCAACGUCCGCGUCAGUGUGUACGAGCGCUCGUCGGACCGUGUUCCGAUCCGCUUGAUGCAAGAGAGCCAACUCGAUGGUGAUGCGUGGACUACAUUGAUCACGUACGACAUGCUCGAUGUGACAGUGCGCCCUCAGGACCUCUCGGUGUUUGAGAUUCCGGGUGGCUACAGCCACAGAAGCUGCUCGCGCAGUGUCUCGGGGUUUCCAUACAUCCAUAUCUUUGACCAUUAUGUUCGCUUUUAAUUCAUCUACGCCCACG